AAACCAGUAUGAUUCAAGCGUCUGAUCGAUUCUGACCUUUUUUUUGACAGAUUGUAAACAGACUAUCGACGAUUUUUUAUAAUCUUUAUUAUCGUUGGACAAAAAUGGAUGAGACUUCAGAUGUAACACCUCAGUCGAAACCUAAAUGCGUAUCAGCAUCAGUUUGGGAGAGAUUUAAAGCUUUGGAAAAAAGGACAAAUGAUGUCACAAAAAGAUCAACAGAAAAGCGAAUAAAACACUUACAGAAAAACAUACUGCAAACAGUUCAAGAAAAGUUGUCUUCAGAAGAAGAGAAGGACAUUUUACGACAACAUAAUGUUUCGGUAGAUGAUUCUGAUAAACUGAAAUGUGAGCCAAAUAGUUUGUCUUCAAAGACCACUGAGCCAGAUAAAAAGCUGUGUGACAAUGUCAAGGGCAAUGCAGAUUCAGACAUUUUAGCUCACAGAAAAACAGACAAAUUUGCUGAGUUGAACGCCUACCUGGGUGUGAACGAUCAUCUACUACGGGGUGUAGCCAUAGACGGGGGUGUGCAUUGUGGCCUUGAGAGACAGGUGGAGGAGGCCAUCAAAGUGGGGCACAUUGGAACAGCAGAACAAUUAAGUGACAGGCUGGCCAUGAGAAAUUAUGCCGUUCGUAUAGCAGAAGCUGCUGAAGCUAGAGAUUACAUGAAACGGAAAAAGGAGGAAGGUGACCUUGCGAAAGCCAAAAAGAAGCAGAAGCUACACUGGGGAUUUGAUCACAAGCAAAGAUGGGAGACCAAAAGCAACAUGUAAACAUGCAGUGGAGCCUUAACAUUUAGGAUACAAUAUACAAAUAUUUUAUUGUGAAGUUUUUAUAUAGAAUAAAUUAUGUUUUAUUCCUAAAA